GAUUUGUUUCGUAACAUCAUAUCUUUACCGUCAGUGCGAAAACUUUUUAUUCUUGAUUGCAGAUAAUUGACUUUCACUUUAUUUCCUAGGCUCUUUGACUUCACUCGAAGCGAUGCAAAGGAUGCAUGAAUCUUUCUUAAUCAGGACUUUACUGUUUCUUGUAUCUGUCUACUGUAUAAAGACAAGUGGUAAGCGAAAUUUGUUUGUAUGAUUUGUGCUGUUUGUCACGGCCUCUAAUUUUUUCCUGUGUUUUCAACUCGGUACUUGAGAUCUGUUUGAUCAAAAGCCCAUAGGUUCCUGACGUGGUACUACGAUACAAUUCACAGUUAUCAUUUUUUACAGUGUAUCCACUCUAUACCAUUAUACCACACACAUCGGGAAAUUUUAAGCUUGGUUUUCGCGAUAAUUUAUGAACUAAUGAUUAGAGUAAAAACAAUCGAAACCUAAAACUGCUCCUUAAACAGCUUAAAGUAUCUUGUGAAGCGUAACUUAUAUGCAUUCGAGAUAGACAGGAUAGAAAUGAUCCCGAUUGUGUCAGAAUGUAAAUAAAAAGAAACUAGGCCCCAUCAUUUGAGGACUUUAAACAUGUCUGAAUGAGAAAAUAUGAUAUUGACAAAGGUCGUUAUUUUGACCAACGCUGACAAGCGAGCGUGUUGAUCGUCUUGAACUACAAUUUGGCGCGCGUACGUGAUGUAUGUCACACUAAUAGGAAGGUAAGGAAGUUUGAUUUUUAAAAUUCUUUAAAAAGAGUUUUAAAUGCAGUAGCAUUAGUACACUGAUUGAUUUGAACAACUGAUUAUUCAAUUCCGGAAGUGGAUCCAUCUUUGUCCUGUCACUCGAGUGGAGCGUGAAACAUGCGCCCAACCGCGAAAACCGCGUGCGAACUUCGAGAAAAAGGCCUCGCGCAGACUUAAAUUGCGUGAUUGAAUUUGACAGGAAGGCGAAAGGGGCGUUGUUAGGGAAAAAGAAACUAUUGUACUACCGUUGAUCAACCUCGUACCCAGGGCAAUUCACUGACAGGAGAAAUUGGCAGGGGCACUGGGAAACUAGCCUGCGUAGCAAACGUUUCCGUGCGGUUUAGGAGCAAAGAACGAGGAAGGAGAGUCAAAGACCGCGCGAAAAAUGGCGCGACUAAAAGAGCGGGGAGGGGGUGGGGAAGAACGAGAACGAAAUCUUUUGUCAACGCUUACCUUAUGAUGAAAUUACUUAUUAUCUAGGAAUUUUCUAAGAAUUAGGAUCAAUUUUUUGAGACAUUUUGAUCCGUUUGAUCCUUUAAAGCAUUCCGCUUUGGUGAUCAUUCUUUUAAUUCUCAUAACCUUUCCUGUUGACGUUGGUCACUCUUGGGAAAAGCGCCGUGGGGACGAGAUUGAAGUCGGAUAAGACGCCUGGCGCGCACGACUAACAGAUUGAAAAUGUCUUCACUUACAGUGACAUAGCCUGCGAAAACAUCCGUUUCUCCUCGCUCUUCGUCGCUGAGGACGUUUCGUCCUCCGCGCGAAACGUCCUCAGCGACGAAGAGCGAAGAGAAACGGAUGUUUUCGCAGGCUAACAGUGACAAGUAGCAACACUCUUAACUUGUGAUGAUUUAUUUUUUGACAACAGACGGAGCUGUUUCUACACAGCCUAAUGCAAGCCAUUACAUAGCAGAAGGCGAAAAAACGAGUAUUAACUGCUCUCUAAAGGACGAAGCGUUUCAAGGUUGGUUUAUGAAUGGCGAAAGAAUACCCCAUGAUCCAUUGCAAAGACGGCAUGUAAAAAAUGACGGAAACCUGUGGUAUAGUUUGAAUAUAAGGAGGGUGAAUAGAACAGAUGAUGGGCCGUAUGAAUGCCGUGGAGAAACGAACAAAGCUCAAGUGAUGUUAUAUGUAGAAUGUAAGUACUGCAGCGGAAAUAGAUAGAGCUAUUUUCGUACGACCUUGAAAAAUGGUUUCGGUAAGUGUUCGUCAUUUGUUUUAUCAGCCAAUGGAUGAAAAGAUCAAGACAUGGUCUCUUCGUUUUCCCGCCAAAGAAAACCCUAAUAUGGAGAAGGCAUUGUUCGAUUGACCAAUCGUGUUGCAGUAUGACGUCAAAGCGAAGUAUCGAUUGAUUUCUAGAAAGUUCCCGUACAUGAAGUUUUUUUCACCCGAGCGUUCGCUUGACCAACCAAAAGCUACGCGCGGUUGUAUCCGUUCCAUAAACCAAUCAAAACGCUCUAUUUUCGUUCGUUUGUUGUUUCUGUUUUGUCCGCGUGUUUUCAUUUCAAGGUCAUACGAAAAUUGCUCUAUCAUUGUUUUGACUUUAAGUUCUUUUCGUCUCACGGUUAGUUUUUGCCCUCAUCCAAAUUCUUUUUUGUGCCCUCUUUUUGGCUUCUCAUCUCAAAGGGAGAGAGUCUUUUCGCGUCUCUCAGGAGUUUGUGAGUAGAGACAGCUGAAAUUCUGGCUAGUAUCGCUAAGGGUCUUCCUUGUUUUAAAUAAAGAAAAUAGAAAGAAGACAAGAAGAAAGGAAAAAGAAAAUAGAACGUUUUCAAUGAUCAACAACGUAUAAAUCUAAAUCAAGGUCACUAGACCUCUUAUUUGGCUGCACAGCUCAAAAUGGCCUUUUUUAGGGGGGGCAAAUAAAACCUGAGCCACACCCAGAUUGGUCCCCCUAAGAAGAGCCCCCUCCCUUUCACAUUGAUGCCCCUCUUCACGGCCCUUAUGGCUUAUAAACUUCCUUUUUGCAUUGUUGUAAUUGCAGACCGUCCUGUAUUUAUCAGCGAGAGGUCCACAAACAAUACGGUGUACUCAUCGGUUGGUGGCAACGAAGAAGUCACUUUGACUUGCGUGUUUGACGGGUUCCCUGUUCCUCGCGUGCGAUUCAACAUAUUUGGAGAAGAACUGAACAACAGCGGUAUCACUUAUGCUCCUGGUUCGGCAUCAUACAGGUUUUUGACAGAAAGUCAAAGUGAUUUUGGAUUUUACACGUGUAAAGGGACAAACAGCAGAGGAAGUGCCUCGCACACAAUAGAAGUCCACGAGCGAGGUAUUUCAGCCAUGAUUUUCUCAAAGCCCUCUUUAAAUCUUUUAGGGCUUGUACCAGCUUAGAAAACGAGGAAGGAAACAGAAAGGUUAAAAACAAAUGAUAAAGAGAGAAAGAAAGGAGCAAGGAAACAAGAAGUAGUAGAUUUGGUGCGAAAGUCAGUCAACUACGACGUGAUAUGACCAAUGGUUAAGUUGGGUCCCUUCUAAAAUAUCAUUAUCAUUAUUAUUAUUAUUAUUAUUAUUAUUAUUAUUAUUAUUAUUAUUAUUAUUAUUAUUAUCAUCAGACAUUCAUUCUUUUGGAGAAAACUAAUGGCAAGGCGAUAAGAUAAAAAGAGAACAAGUUUAGUUAGAAUGCUUGCAGUCCAUCUUUUCUCCUAGAAAAUAAGAGACUGCUCACAGGCUACAGAAUGGUGGAUUAAAACGCGAAAAACGAACGUUUGAAAUUAUAGGGGAUGUAAUAAGGCUAGGAAAAUAAUGUCCCUGUGAAUUUUUUUUGAAAUUACUAUAGCUGUCAUGCUAUUAGGACCAUGACAUUAUGCAAGAGAGACGACCAACUUAACGCGCCGCAGGUUAUCUAAAUUGUUCAAAUUUGUAGCGGUUGUUUCGUUCCAGGCGUUUCCGAACCUCCAAACAACAUCCGAGCAUCGUCGAGUUGUAACAGCGUCGAUGUAAAGUGGGAUCCGGCUGAAAAAGAUGGCGGAAGUCCGGUGAUCGGAUACUAUAUUGAACUUAGGCAUGAAGGGAAAACAUUAAAAUCAGAGUACCUUAAGACCUCACUUCGUAAAAAGACCUUCAAAGAGCUAGAGGUUAAAACUUUGUAUGAAGUACGAAUGAACUCUGAAAACGCCUUCGGGAAAGGAGAGUGGAGAAUGGUUUCCAUCAACACUACUGAGGCAUGUAAGUGACGACUAGUGAACUGAUUAUCUUUCUCUUCUCCUGCACUGUCAUCUCUAUGCUGCGAUUUCUACUUAGUUCCAGGGAGGGGGGGGGGGGUUACUCCUUACAAUGGCCUAUCCCCGCCCAAAAGUCGUAUCUACUUCAUGGCUUCAAGUAUAUGAAGGGUAGGGCUUUCACAACAUGAACUACCCGUAAAAUUCCGAAAAUAAGCCCCUCCAUGUAUAAGCCCCCAAACUCUUCAGGCUUCAACCCUCCGUUAAAUCGCCCCUCCGAAUAUAAGCAUGGGGGUUUUUCUUGGAAAUUGCCCUCAAAUACAAAGCAAAACAAAGAAAAACGGUUAAAUCUGUCAUUUUCCCUCCGAUCUUUAAAAUGGCCUUUGAAAAUAUAAGGGGGCUUAUUUUCGACAUAUGAAUGAAAAUCUUUAUUUCGGCUUUGAAGAUGUCCCAAAAGGGCUUCAGAAUGAGUUUUGUGAUUUGAAAAUGUUCUUAACUAGGUAUAUGGAAGGGGUUACCAUUUUUAAAAGAAAGUUAUUUGAAGCAGUUAAAAGGGACUGCCAAAGAUUCUAAAAGGAUAGGGGUUGGACCUCGUGGCGGAGCCUCCCAUUUGGGAUCAAAUGAAAGUAUACGAAACUGCCCGCCUACCCCUUUGUAAAAUAACAUUAAAACUUACUUCUCCUUUAGGACAAAAUGUUGGCUUUGAGGAGGAGUGGGUGGGCAGUUUUGAAACCUGAAUUGAUCCCAAGCUUUGUUGAGUAGUGCCUCGGGUCAAGUUCCGGUCAAACGGCUCGACAAUAUCUGUCAAGUCGAGUCGAGAGAUGAUGGCGAAGAUCAUACCACGUCAAACGGCAAAAUAGAAUACUUGUCCUUCUUCGCAGAACUGGGGACACAUCUUCAAAGUAAUGACUGGAGCGAGCCGAUCUAUCAUCUCUUCCCCCGGUUUCUCGCUCAGUCUUGGCUGUAGUUUUGCAGCUUGAUGCUAGCCCUUUUCCAGGCGUUCAGAUCGUAAAGCGUGGGCGAAAUAUUGACGAGGAAAAAAAAAACGAGGGGAAAGUCUCCCCUCGUUUUCCCCACGUACGAAUUUACUCGUUCUCCACCAUCUGAACGCCUGGAACGGACGCGUCAUUCUGGUUUGUGGGACCUAAAAGAUGUUUUAAAUUCGCGCCAAAAUCGGUUUAAAAAUAGACGAGCCCGUGAGAACGCCGUGAUACCAGAACUUUCAAAAGAAGUUUCUCUCUCCGGGUUAUGGGCCCCAGCUGAAAAAUUUUGACGCGAAAAUAGACCGGUCUUAUGACGCGAAAGAGUCUUAGAGUAUUCCCGAUAAUGGGCUCUAGGGAAAAACCUAAAACUUUGUGUUUGUUUAUUACCUCCACAGGUUCGUCGCAAGCUUUGUCGUCAUCAGCGGGCCAGUUUCCAAUCUUUUUCUUGUGGGUCGGAGUGAUAAUUUGUCAUAUUCUUCGGAUAUUUCUACCUAACAGCGCCAUGAUUUAAUAUAACGAGGUAGAGAAUAGGAAGAUGCCACAGGUCUGUCAGUUUUGCGAGCAACAAGGCAAGCGGAGUGUUUAACGAAAGCUGUCUCUGUAUGAGAUGAGGAAGUGAAAUAGCGGACUUGAGGUCUGUGUUUUGUGCGGACAGCUUAAAAAAUUGGUCAGGAAAACACGGCAUCUUGGACGUGAAGUGUACUGAGCCCUGAUCCAGUUUCGGCCACAGGAUAUGGGGAAGAAAGCGCUCGUGCGGUAAAUAAAUAAAGAAUGCUACUGUACCAAGCCUAGACUUUCAAAAAAGUCCUUGGUCGGAUUUCAUAUGGCGCAGGACCUCUCGCAACUUCGUCGCUCGCGGUCAAAAAAGGCUCGCUCGCUCUCCAAGAGGUCGACCUGUAGCAAGACUAUACCAAGCCCUAAGACAAGAGGAUUGCUAAGAUGAUAACAAGAUACUCUACAAAACGCGAGAAAUAGGUAGUGAAAAGCCGCGUGCGGGUGCCGGCAAAAUGACAACGACAAGGUGAAACGGAGAGUACCCAAUAGCCAUAAUGGCUCUUCGAGUAACAAAUAAUGAGUAUACUGAAAUAGAUGGGGGUGGGAAACGUGCUGCGCCAUCUCCCAAGCGCGCAAGUAACGGACGCAUAAAAUGAGGGGGGCGGGGGGGGGAGGGGGCGGAGACUUUCUAAUUUUCCCCUUA